AUGCAUAUGAAUGAUAACGAUAGAGCUCCGCACUCACCAGUCGAGCUCAACGAGUUGGGUAUCAAAGCAAUGAGAACUAUACAAGGUAUGAAUGUGUGCGGUUAUAACGAGCGCGGUUUGUGUGGCAGAGCUCCGCACUCGCCAGUCGAGCUCAACAAAACAACGAGUUUAGUGACGGUUACAGGGCACAUUAAGACUUUGGCUGUGCUGGACGCGGAAACCAAAGCCCACUACUGGCUCACGGUGUACGCUCAAGACCACGGAGUGGCACCCCUGUCGUCCAGACUCGAGGUUUUCAUCUCUGUGACCAACAUCAAUGACAACACUCCACUGAGUGAGGAGCCUGUGUACUACCCUCACGUGCCAGAGAACUCGCCCGCCAACACUCCAGUCCUGCAGAUCACUGCCACUCGUCCUCACCUACAGGAUCACUGGUUCUACUUAACAGCUAGAUGUAGCUUUACUCUUGUUGUUGUGUAGGUUUUCAUCUCUGUGACCAACAUCAAUGACAACACUCCACUGAGUGAGGAGCCUGUGUACUACCCUCA